CCACGUCGGCAUCGUCUGACGUCACGACGCUGCGACCCGAACGCGAACCCCUUAGCAGCAGGAAAUACGCGCGGGGCAAGGCGUCGCCGAGGCUAUACGAGGACAGCGACCAGAGGUAAUGGUCGAAAAACAACAACAACAUCAACGACGUCGUCACAUCGGGAAGACAUCAGCCGCAUGUAAAGCCAACGUCAUCACCAGUCAAAAUAGGAGAAGUGCCUCGAAUCGACGAUGCACAAGAUGCCCGGUCAACUCAACGAUUUAAAGCACAAAAAGAGGAAGAACAUCUCUGAGGCCACACCCCCCCCAAAGGGUUCUACCACAAGGAGGAAAUGCAUGAAAAGUCAGAAGACUCACUCUACAGCAGAGAGCAGCUCAGCGGGUGGCGCUGACAACAAAGUGGCCGGUGACGCAGAGCGAGCGUCUCGCAUCAGCUGCGAGUGUCUCCAGUCCACUGGCAGGCGGCGAUGCUCAGCAUCUCCUCUGCUGGACGGACAGGAGGGAAAAGAGAACACGGUGAGGGCGGCCCUGUUGCUGGACACCUGCGCAUGGUACGAUGUACAGGACAGGUCCGAGCCUGAGGACAUGGAUUGUGAAGAAACGGACAAAAACAUGUUCCCUGAUGACGACAGCAACCAGAUUCUUCCUGUGGAGCAGUUCUUUGGAAAUCUGGAUGCUGUACAGGAUUUUCCUCAAAGAACAUCAGCGACUUCCUCCCGUCACAACAAGCAGCACAGGCGGCGGCAUUACGUCGCUCGAGAGGACAGCGACGAGGAUGAGGAGGAGGCGGGCCUCCCCCAAGGGGACAGCGGCGGCACUUUGUAAAGAGAGACUGCUCUGAUGGACAUUUCAGAACUCCAAAAGAAAUGUAUUUCGUCCACUCAGCUGUCACAAGCGCCAAGGUAAUUUGAGCUAUUUUGGUACUGCAGCUGACAUUCGAGGAAAGAUCCAACUUUGACACGCGAGUAUGGCAAGCCCAGCCGUUUCUUAGCGCUGUUGUAGUGGAGGAUCGGCCAACUAACCUCAAGACAAACCCCUUUCAAGACAAGCCAACAUUGCUUGGAUAGCUUCAAAAGCCUGCUGACAAUAGUAACAUACCGUGUGUUGACCUGGUCAUCAGUGGAACAGCUGGGGAUCACUAAGAUGGUCUUGGUUAAUAUUUAGAGUGAGAGGGUUAUUGCCACCGCAUAUCAACAGCAGUUAUUUAUUGAUGCCUUGAUGAGACCAUGAGCAAAUCUCGAGCUCAAUGUGAACAAAUUAGUCACUGGCCACAACAUUAGUUGCACCCGAUGACAUCCAUGACAGGAAUUGAAUCAACAAUUCUGCCUUUACAAAUAUUUUACUAAUGCUCAGUUAUGAUUGACACUGGUGCUAAUUUAACAAUGUUCAUUAUUAUAAAACCGCGGUUUUAUAAACAAUUUAUCUUAGCGAUUCCAUGAGGGAUGCAAAAUAAGUGCAACAUAAACAUACAGUGGUUCAACAUUCUUUAAUGCAUCCAUUUUCAUAUUUUUGUCAUUUUAACCGAUCUUCCAUUAUAUGCAGAAAACGUGCCUUUUUGUGAUUGUAACAUGGCUAUUUUUCAGGAAAAAUGUUGUCUCCAGUAUUGUUUGAUAUGUGUUUUAAUGUAGGCUCUCUUUAAUUGAGGCAACAAAUAGUGACUAUCGGCCAUUAACACACCCGAAAACAUCUUACUAGUGGUCCGCUCAACCAAACUUUUGCAGCAGAAGGCAAAAAGAUAAAAAGUUUUGUGUGGACACGCUAAUUCACGCCUCCACCAGCCCCCCGCCUCUCAUCCAAUCACAAAUCUAAGAGCAGAUGUUUUAGAUUUGUGACUGACAGUCAGCGCGAGAGACAAGAUAAGAUUGCGGCACCCAAGUUUGCUGCGGCUACUUUGGCUCACGCUAGUUUUGCCCAACCAGUACUAAACAUCAAGACCAUCUGCCAUCUAUCACUUUUUGUUUUUCCCUUUUUUAAUUGCAAUCUAUCACAACGAAGCGGUAGCCAUUGUAUGCAACCGCGACCCACAAAUCAGCGGUUUCCCACCAGCACAGGCUGCCGCCCCCUGAGCAUUGGCACCAGUGAUGCAACUCCUGUUAAGGUUCAUUGUUUUAGACCAGACUUUACCGCUACAGUAAUCCUUUAUCCUUUACCUUAUUUUUAAAGGUUCAGUAAUGUUUGAAGAUUUUUGUUAGCGCUUAAAAUACUAUUAAAGUGUUUGGGGAUCAUAGUUUGUUAUAUUGAAGGUUUUAUACGGGCAAUUUGAAUCACUGAAAGGGGAGCGUCAAUUAUUCAUGGGAAUUCUCUAUCAGCGCCAGGCUUGGUCUCUAUUUCCCUCAAAUAGUGGCGGACCACUCUAUUGUUAAAGCUAAACCCCUCUGACCGCGUCAAUCAAAACUGAUCUUUUUUUUUUUUUCCUUAUUCUUUCCAAUCUUUAUCUUUUGUAUUGGGUAUCACUAGAUUGUGUGGCUGUACCAAAUGAAUUGUCUUUAUUCCCCACAGCACUGUAUUUUCGAGUGCCAAGUUUGCAUUUUGCCUCAAUUCACUGGUAGAUUCAAAAUCUCUUGACAUCCACUUACUUAUUUUGCAGAUCUAACCAAUCCCUCAGAAUUCAAUUCUAUAAAUACAUAGGAAAGCAAACGUGCACAAUGCCGCAGUGUGUGAAUGUCAUCAUUGUAUUCAAACAUUCAGCUUUUCUAAUGUCAAAAUCCAUUUUGAUUAAAGACAUAUUGAAGGUGCUAUUAUUAAGAAUUUGCCAUGUAAUGAAAAUAUUUGAAAUCCCUCCUGUAGUGUUUGGAAGCGAUGUAUUGAAGUGUUUGUUUCACACCAGCGGCCAAACUGAGAUUGUUAAAGUAAGAUGUAAUGUCGAAUGAUGCAACUUGAAAUAAGCACCUUUUUUUUUUAAACAUAGAAAGGUCCAUAACAAAUCUAUUGAAAAUGAGCAUUUAAUAUUUGAAAUUGUUUUGGAUUGUCAUGUUCAUAUUCCUUUCAUGGGAUUAUAUGCUUAGGCAGCUUUAACGCUACACAACUGUGUGUACAUGUAUAGAUAAAAACAUUUCUCAAUGCAGCUCAGUAUACACCGUUGCGUAUGCGGUCACAUUUUCAAAAAAAAGACACCAUCAAAAGUAAACUUCUGAUCUCGUCAUCUGUGAGUGUCAUAGCUUUUGCACUAUAAAAUGAUCGCAUCUAAAGCAUGUUGAUCAGACCAUCUAGCUGUUUUAUUUAUAUAUAUAAUUUUUUUUUUAACUCCAUGCCUUAUUCAUGCUGAAUGCUUUUCUUAUUGUACAAUCCAACUUUCAGACUGAGUGAUUGUCUCAAACUCAGCAUAAGCAUUUAAUGCAAUAAACAUUGCCGUGCCAAGAUUAA